AUGGAAACCUCAUUGCCUCUAGCUAGUGAUAGUUUUUCAUAUAGUUGGUUAUCAAACUCUAAUAAAUUCCCUGUGGAUUAUCUUGAUGAUGAUCCUCAUAGAGUCUCUAUUUCCAGUUUCUAUGGAGAUAGUACCUCAAAUAAUGGCCAAAGCUUCAAUUUUGAUAAUUGUAUCUCUCAAUCAAAUCUUGUACUUGUUCAUGCUGAUGAGAUUUUCUCCAAUGGCUUUCUUAUGCCAUUUUUUGUUGACCCUUAUACUCAAGAAUCUAUUCAAACAAAGAUUGCUACUUCUUUUUCUUCUACCAAUUUUUCUUCAAGAAAUGUGGAAAAUCAUCAUGGUUUUCUUAUAAGGAUGAGAAAAUCAACAUGGAGAACUUUGGUACAAUUUUUUAGGUAUUUCAACCAAUUAAGGCAGAAAGUGGAGAGGUCAAGGAAAAGCACAAAAAUUAGAGUUGAUGAUAUUGAUGAGAUAGAUUGGCAAGUUAAAAGUUUGAGAAGCAGUUCACAGAAAACAUCUCCAAUGAGUGAUUUUCAUGAUAACUCAAUUUAUGAAGCAGUUCUUCACUGCAAAAAAUCAAUAGGAAAAUGA